AUGUUUUCUGUCCCUUCCCCUGUUUGUUUAUAUCUUGUCCCGGCGACAACGCCACCGGAGGACUUGUCGACGACUGAAUCGAGAGGAAACUGGGAGGCUACAAUUCAAAGGUGUGUGGAAACCCCUUCCAAUAGGGGACCAACCAUAGCAGUCCAUACAUUCGGCGAUCCACCAACAAUUGAGUGCUCCUUGCUAGAGGAAUUCACUGCACAGUUGACAGAAAUUGACAGUGUGAGGCUGAUGAGUGCUGCCUCAAUGACCUACUUAAUGUGUUCGAGAGAGUUGAGACAGGAACUUGUCCAGGCACGAGCUGAAAGAGACCAAGCAUUGAUCGAGAAGGUUGCUCUCGAGAAGAAGGCCCAGCAAGUGGAGGUCAAGGAGCAAGAACUAGCCUCUGUGCAGGCUAAGUAUAAUGAACUGGACAAAAAGCUCAAGGAAUACGGUAAUCUGCACAUCUCAAAGGAUCUUCCCAAGUGGUGUGCUGCUUUCUGGUUCAGGAUGCUAUCGACAGGUGAAAUGGCGGCGGUUAUCGAGGAGAUUAACAUGGCCGCCACCAAAUACGGAGGCCAUGGAGUUGCAGUUGCCGGUCUCAAAAGCUUCCUUUGUGGGGCCCUGGCCAAGAUGAGCAUUCCUGGAGAUGUUGGUGCAUUUCUGAGUGAUAUCGCCGCUGUCCUAGCUCGAGGAUUUGGUGAGGAAUUGCCUAUCCCUGAUGUUCCCGAUGAGUACAUUGGCAUCGAGCUCGAGGAUGAGGAUGAUGUGACCUCAGAGGAAAGGGAUACUGGCAACUCUGGAGCCAAGGACAAGGAUCCUCCGGUCGAGGGAAACGCUGGAGGAGCUACUUGA